AUGACAAUAGGGCAUAAGGAAAAACAUAUUGACGCAUUCAAACACGCAAGCCAAGUGGUUGAUGAAGUGAAUUUGUGGGUUGAAAAAAAAACUAAUAGUCGUAUCAACCACAUACUUCCUCCAGGUGCAGUUAACAAUAGAACACGGCUCCUUUUUGCAAGUGCAUGGUAUUUUAAUGGAGCUUGGAGUCAAGAGUUUGAUGCAAGGAUGACGAAGGAUCACAAGUUCCACCUCCUUAAUGGAAGCUCUAUACAAGUCCCCUUCAUGAGCAACUAUGUGAAGCAAUCUGUGAAAGCAUUCAAUGGUUUCAAAGUCUUAAAACUAUCUUAUAAUCGAGGCAAUGAUUAUAAGGAGCGCCGGAGUUUCUCCAUGUACUUCUUUCUGCCUGACGCCAUGGAUGGACUGCCAUCUUUGCUGGAAAAAGCGACCUCUGAAUCUGGGUUUCUAGAGCGCCACCUCCCUACCCAUAUGGUUUCAGUGGGAAAGUUUCUGAUCCCAAAAUUCCAAAUAUCUUUCCAGUUUGAAGGUUCAAGAGUUCUGGAGGAGCUUGGGGUGGUGGCGCCGUUCAAUCGCACGGUUGGGGGUCUCACUGAGAUGGUGGAUUCACUGGGGGGUUAUGAGCUUUAUGUUUCAAAAAUCCUGCACGGAUCGUUUAUUGAGGUUAAUGAGGGAGGAACAGAAGCCGCAGGUGUUUAA